GCGCAACAGGUUAUGGUGUCAACGGAUGUCAUGGCACGCGGCGUUGACCUGGAGCGAGUAAACCUGGUGGUCAACCUUGACCUUCCGCACGAUGCCGCAACAUACAUGCACCGAGUCGGCCGUACCGGACGCUUCGGCAGCCGCGGCGUCUGCGUGUCGUACGUCACGGAGGCCGAGCUAGCGUUGCUG